AUGUUCCUCGAAGGAGCCUUUGUCGAAAUGACUACCGAUGGUCUGCCCGGCCACCCAUAUUGCCGUUUGCCAUUUCGUGUCACCAUCGUCUACCCCGUCGACCCCGCUGCCUUUGAUAUCGUUCCCGCCACUAACAAUCGAAUUGUCAACAACUCAUCAGUGCCCAACAUGGUCGGCAGUGUUAUUGCGCGCGUGGAGCAAAAGAAUGAAGAAUCAGGCGAUUGGAUCGAUUGCAUAGAUCUCUCCCACAUUUCCCUCGUUCUUUACAUUGUUCGCUCCGCUCUUAAAAUGGGCCUCAUUGUGCAGUAG